AUGGAAGGAGUACACUACCGCCCCGCCGAUUGGAACGCGGCUGCCCACAGGGGUCACAGCUUGGGUGGCCUCAAGCCUGGUUACUCGGUGGGCUUCGGCUCAGCAGAUUUAGCCCCGAGAAUCGCUUCGGCGUCAACGGCGAAAUACAUUGAUCCCCGAAAGAGCUAUUGGGAUCACGUGGUGGCCAUCAGCUCCAAAUCUGCCAGCCUCUAUAGGAGACUCAGGAACCUUUACUCCGCCAAUUGGAGAAUGAAAAACACGGCAGCCAGAAUGAUUUACAGAGGCGUGUUCCUGCCCAGGGUAACUUACGCCUCAGAAAUUUGGGCGAACGGAGCCAAACUCGAGAAGAAUCGAAAGAAACACCUCAGCGCUCAGAGGGCACCGCUACUGGCCAUAAAGGGGGCCUACAAAACGUCAUCCACGAACUGUCUGGCAGUAGUAGCCAGAACAGUUCCACUCGACCUGGAAGGGAAGCACAAUACUUUACUUCAUUAUGAAAGAAAAGGGGAAUCUUCGAAAUCUGUGAGUGACGAGGACACGCCUGAAGAAGGUGUAGCUUCGUCUUCGAACCAAACUGGCUCAAAAAAGGUAUUACUAGUUCAUCAAGGACAUGGCCACGUAUUCUUGUCAACAGCAGUAGUUCUAGUAAGGGACCAUCAAGGCGUGCGUAGGAAAUGCCAUGCCAUACUAGAUAGUGGUUCGCAGGUUAACUUCAUAUCCAAGGGACUAGCAAAACAACUACAAUUACCAGCUGCAAGGUCGUCGAUUCCAGUUAGUGGCAUAGGAGCAAACACACUCCAGUCUAGUACCUAUGUUGAUGUACAUGUUGAAUCCAGGUUUGGUUCAUCGAGUUUCAACUUAUCUUGUCAUACCUUACCUGUUAUCAUGUCACAACUACAACCUGUUCGUCCUCCAGUGGAAGGCUGGACAAUUCCAAGUGAGCUAUUACCACAGCUAGCUGACCCUCAUUUCUGUGAUUCCAAACAAAUCGAUCUAUUGAUUGGAGGUGGUGCAUUCUUUGAUAUAUUGCAGCCAAGUCGUAUACAGCUGGAUGUGAAGAUGUCGUUGGAAAAGGAAUCUAAGGCAAUUCUCGGCCACGAGGAUGUUUUGUACGACAAACAAUCAAAGGCAAACCAGUGUUCUAUCGAAGAAAACCAUGCGCUCGAACAUUUUCAGUCCACAUUUAGACGAAAUGAGGAAGGUCGUUUCGUGCUGCAAUUACCCGUCAAAACAGACCUAACUAAUUUAGGUCAGAGUGUCAACUCAGCUACAUCUAGGUUUCUCAGUAUGGAGAGAAAACUACAGCAAGAUGCAGACUUGCGAAUUGAGUACACGAAGUUCAUGAAAGAUUAUCUGGAGAUGGGCCAUAUGCAAGAAGUUGUGAAGGAAUCGAAUAUUCCUAAGCGAUCAUGCUACUUACCACACCAUGCAGUAUUCAAGAGCUCAAGUUUAACAACUAAAAUUCGAAUCGUUUUUGACGCCUCAGCGAGAACUUCUUCAGGGUUGUCACUCAACGACGUAUUGAUGCGAGGCCCAAAGACGCAGGAGGACAUAUUCUCAAUUCUUACGCGUUUUAGAAAAUAUCAAUAUGUGAUUUCGUCUGACAUUGAGAAGAUGUUCCGACAAGUAGCUGUGGCAGAACAAGACUGGGAUCUCCAACGGAUUUUCUGGCGAAAUAAUCCUAGUGACGCUUUGCGGACCUAUCGAUUGGUCACCGUAACUUAUGGUACAAAACCAGCCUCGUUCAUGACAACGCAGUGUUUGGUAACGUCGGCACAACAAGCGUACGAACAUUUUCCCAGAGCUGCGGACGCGAUAACGAAGGAUUUUUAUAAGGAUGAUCUUAUGACGGGAGGUGAAACCGAAGCUGAAUGUAUUCAAUUGCACCAAGAGAUAACGUCAAUUCUAGCCUCAGCAAAAUUACCUCUAAGAAAGUGGUGUUCGAAUUCCUCUUACGUCUUGGGACAUAUUGGUAAAAAUGUCAGGGACCCCUUAUUCACCUUGGAAUUAGGAGAUAAAGAAAUGGUCAAGUUCAAUGUCAUACCAACUCCAGCACGAUCAAAAUUGACCAAAAGAACACUGCUAUCCGAUUUGAACAAGGUGUUUGACCCCAUAGGUUUUAUAGCCCCAAUACUCGUAAAAGGAAAGAUAUUUUUACAGCAGGUAUGGGCUUUGAAAAUUGAUUGGGAUAGUCCCUUGUCUUCAGACAUUCAUGAUCGGUGGAUGUCAUUCCAUAAGGAUUUAGAGAAACUGCAAAAUAUAUCCAUCCCAAGAAAGGUUCUACCAAAACCAAAUGAAUUCCAAAUACACGGAUUCUGUGAUGCGUCGCAAGAAGCCUAUGGGGCUUGCAUAUAUGUACGAUCGCACUGUUCUGAAAAUACGUGGCAGGUUCGACUGCUGUGUGCUAGGAGUCGUGUAGCGCCAAUAAAGGGUUCAACAAUUCCUCGUCUUGAACUGAAUGGUGCCUUGGUAUUAGCACAAUUACUCCAAAAGCUAACGGAUGCUUGGGAAAUUGAUCGUCAUAAGUGUCAUUUGUGGACAGAUUCCACUGUAGUUCUUAGUUGGUUAAAUGCACAAUCCAAUCGAUUAAAGGUGUACGUCAGCAAUCGCGUUAAUCAGAUCUUAGAGCUUACAAAUGCAUCGCAAUGGAAUUAUGUAAGAACAGAUAAGAACCCUGCUGAUAUGAUAUCUCGAGGUACUAAUGUAACGGAGAUAAGUGCUUCUAAACUUUGGUGGAAUGGACCUGAUUGGUUAGGCAUAUCAGACGAGUUGUGGGAAAAGGUCCCAAGAAAUAUAUUGAAGGAAGAAGAAAUACCUGAGCAACGCACAAUACAAUUUGCAUUAGUUGGAGUUCAAUCUAAUCAAGAGUUGGUCCAACAUUACUCCUCCUGGUCACGACUGAAGAGAGCAACAGCUUGGUUAAAAAGAUUUGUAGAAUAUUUGAGAACAAGAGGGGUACCAAGUGAAGUUUAUUUGUCUGUAAGAGAACUGCAAGCGGCCGAAGUAUGUAUACUGAAACAAGUCCAAGCCGAAUGUUUCCUUGAUGAGUUACGAUCUCUGGAAUCUCAAGGGGAGUUGAACCUAAAAAGUAAACUGAAGUCCCUACGUCCAUUUAUAAAGGAAGGACUAAUCUUGGUUGGUGGACGUUUGAACAAUUCUGGGUUGUCAAUGUUACAAAGGCACCCGAUCGUGUUGCCCGCAAAUCAUAAGGUGACUCGGUUAAUAUUUGAACAAAUACAUUUAGAGCAAUUACAUUGUGGGCCUCAAGCUUUGCUUGCUGAGGUGAGACGAAGGUACUGGCCGUUAAGAAGUCGAGUGAUGGCUCGUUCCGUGGUAUCACGUUGCGUGAAAUGCACCCGAGCCAAACCAACAUUUAAUGCUCCCUUGAUGGCUCCAUUACCCAAGGAAAGGGUCCAAGUCGCACGAUCGUUCGCUGUUACUGGGGUCGAUUUUGCUGGACCAAUCAUCAUAAGAAGCGGUAUAAGGCGAGUGAUAGGCGUGAAGGCCUGGAUAGCCGUUUUCGUAUGUUUUACCACAAGAGCAGUUCAUUUGGAGAUGGUGGAAGAUCUAUCGAGCCAAGCCUUCCUGGCAUCGUUGCGUCUAUUCACGGCGCGUAGAGGCUUAUGUUCAACAAUAUUUAGCGAUAACGGUACAAAUUUCGUUGGAGCAAGAAGAGAGCUGUACAUGCAUGUAAAGGCUGCUCAUCCACAGAUAGCCCAGAGAGGUAUUGAAUGGAGAUUUAACCCACCAUCAGCACCGCAUUUCGGUGGCCUAUGGGAGAGUGCGGUUAAAAGUGCAAAACACCAUUUAACCCGUAUGAUGAGUGAUGCCAAGCUAACUAUUGGUGAAUUAUCAACACUAUUGUGCCAGAUAGAAGCUUGCCUUAACUCACGACCGCUGACCCCAAUGAGCAGCGACCCAUCUGACUUAGAGGUACUAACCCCAGCUCAUUUCCUUGUAGGCAGUCCUAUCUCGUUACCUCCUGAGGUCGACCUGAGACAGGAACCAUUGAAUAGUCUUAAAAGAUGGAAGUAUGUACAGGCGUUAAUGCAACAUUUUUGGCGAAGAUGGUCUAGCGAAUAUUUACCUCAGUUACAAAUUAGAGGAAAAUGGACUAGUAAUAAAACUCCAUUAAAAAUUUGUGAUAUUGCUAUUAUAAGGGAUGAAAACACACCACCCACAAAAUGGAAACUGGGAAGAGUAGUUAACGUGCAUCCUGGUAAUGACGGGAUCAUAAGAGUAGUAACAAUGCGCCUCGGAUCCGGGGCAGAAUUGAAGCGUCCGACAGUCAAACUAUGCCGACUACCAACAGACAAGGACAUAAAUAUAGAUGCAGACGAAGAGGUAGUUGAAAAAUAA